AUGCAGCGUGAUGAGACUCGAGCCAAUGACUUUGGUACAUCCGAACCUCCCAAGGAGUUCAAAUGUCCCAUCUUUAUGCAGGUGAUGCAUGAUCCAAUGAUUAUUGCUUCUGGGAUGACGUUUGAACAAUUUUGGAUAGAGCAAUGGUUUAAUGAGGGUAACCAGACAUGCCCUAUAAGUCAUAUGAAGCUUGACAACUUGUUCAUGGCUCCAAACUCUAUUAUGAAAGAACUCAUUGAUGCUUGGUCUUCCCAGCAGGGGAUUACUAUUCCUGACCCAUAUUUAGAACCAAACAUUUCCUCUCUCUUCUCCCGGGAUUCUUCAUUUUCUAGUUCCAUUGCCAGCUUUCCUAGUUCUGUGAAUAAGAACCUUCAUCUUAGGGCUGUGUCCAUACGCUCUUCUAGGACUGAUGAUGUUUCAGAAAUUUUAGAUGACUUUAAUGAAAGCAGAUUAAGUUACUUGCUGCACUUUCAUGGGGAUCACAGUGCAAGACAGUUAGAGAUGUGA